GACCGACGCCUUAGUUUGUGUUUGUCUUUCAUUGAACAAGGUCGCCCCUGUCUGUACAUUCCUUCUUCAACGUCUCUUAAUCUAUCUGGAACAAUGAGUGGUUCGGAGGCCCACGGAGCGUCCACCGGCUCCGUCGAGAUUCCCUUGCUCGGUUCUGAUGCCGAGGUGAUCGAGAUUUCUUUCGACGACCUGCCUCAAGCCGACGAGGUGGUCAAUAUCCUGAGUGCCGAAAAGGCCCCUCUUCACACGUGGGUCAAGUUAGCCGUGGAAUAUUACCGACAACGACGUGAAGAUGAGUUCGUUCAAAUCCUGGAGACUUCGCAUCGGGAUGCUAAUCUCGAUUACAAGUCUGAAGAGGAUCAGAUGUGGCAACUGGACACUUUGGCGGCUUACUACGUUCAAAAAGCCAAUGCUGAGAAGAAACAAGAGAAGAAACGGGAAUUAUUCACCAAGGCCACGCUCUUGUAUACCACGGCGGACAAGAUUAUCAUGUAUAACACCAAGCAUUUGUUGGGUCGAGCCUUCUUUUGCUUGUAUGAGGGUGAUAAGAUGGAGCAAGCCAAUGCUCAAUUCGACUUCGUGCUUAAUCAAGAGAAUCAAUCCAAUAUUCCGUCGCUCCUGGGCAAGGCUUGCAUCCACUUUAACAAGAAAGAGUUCAAAACUGCAUUGGCAUUUUAUAAAAAGGCUCUGCGAACGAAUCCUCAAUGUCCGGCCAAUGUUCGGUUGGGCAUGGGUCAUUGCUAUUGGAAAUUGGGAAACGAGAAAAAGGCCCGAGCGGCCUUUGGACGGGCUUUGGAACUGGAUGCAUCGUGCGUGGGAGCCUUGGUGGGUUUGGCCAUCCUCGAUCUGAAUACGCAGAAAAAGGAUGCUAUUCAAGAAGGAGUGAAGAAACUGAGUAAGGCCUACACCAUCGAUGCCACUAAUCCUAUGGUGUUGAACCAUUUGGCCAACCAUUUCUUUUUCAAGAAAGACUAUAGUAAAGUGCAACAUUUGGCCUUACACGCCUUCCACAACACCGAAAACGAGGCCAUGAGGGCUGAGAGUUGCUACCAAUUAGCGCGGGCCUUUCAUGUUCAAAAUGACUACGGCCAAGCCUUUCAGUAUUAUUAUCAAGCUACGCAGUUCGCGUCGUCCAAUUUUGUGUUGCCCCAUUACGGCUUAGGUCAAAUGUACAUCUACCGUGGUGAUAAUGAGAAUGCGGCCCAGUGUUUUGAAAAGGUCCUGAAGGCUCAGCCGAACAACUACGAGACCAUGAAAAUUCUUGGCUCUUUGUAUGCCAAUUCGGAUAACGAAGAGAAGAGGCAAAUAGCGCGCAAUCAUUUGAAGAAAGUCACCGAUCAGUUUCCCGAUGAUGUGGAGGCUUGGAUCGAAUUGGCCCAAAUCUUUGAGCAAAGUGACCAACAUGCCUCGUUGGCGGCCUACAAAACUGCGACGAAGAUCCUGAGAGACAACGUUAAAACCGACAUCCCGCCGGAAAUUCUGAACAACGUGGGAUCCCUUCAGUUCCGUUUGGGUAACAUGAAAGAAGCGUGUACGUGCUUUGAAACCGCGCUCGAGCAUUGUCAAAAAGAGCAGCAGGACGACGAAGGGGGCGAAGACACUUACUACAAACAGAUCACCAUCAGCAUACGGUACAAUCUAGGUCGAGUGUAUGAAGCCCUGUGCCAACAUGACAAGGCCGAGCGGCUGUACAAGGACAUUUUGAUGGAGUGUCCCAACUACAUCGAUUGCUACCUGCGACUCGGUUGCAUGUUGAGAGACCGAGGGCAAAUCUACGAGGCCAGUGAUAAGUUCAAGGAUGCCUUACAGAUCAGUAAUGAACAUCCAGAUGCGUGGUCUUUGAUUGGCAACCUUCACUUGACCAAGAUGGAAUGGGGACCGGGACAGAAAAAAUUUGAACGCAUCCUAAAUCAGCCCUCUACCAAUAACGACGCCUAUUCGCAUAUCGCCUUGGGUAAUAUUUGGUUGCAGACUCUCCAUCAGCCCACCAAGGACAAAGAGAAGGAAAAGAAGUACCAAGAGCGAGCUCUGGCUAUGUACAAACAGGUCUUGAGGAAUGAUCCUAAAAAUAUUUGGGCAGCGAAUGGCAUCGGAGCCGUGCUGGCUCAUAAAGGUUACGUGAACGAAGCUCGUGUGAUCUUUGCCGAAGUUCGUGAGGCAACGGCGGACUUUUGUGAUGUGUGGUUAAAUAUUGCCCAUAUCUACGUUGAGCAACAUCAGUACGUAGCUGCCAUCCAAAUGUACGAAAACGCCCUCAAGAAGUUCUUCAAAUACCACAGUGUGGACGUCCUGCUUUACCUAGCUCGUGCCUACGCCAGGAACGGCCAGUUGAAAGAGGCCAAAAUGACCCUGCUCAAAGCCAGACGUAUUGCUCCUCAUGACACGGUCAUUCUCUAUAAUAUCGCUCUGAUCCUCCAAAAGCUAGCCAACCAACUCCUACGUGACGAGAAAUCCACAUUGGAGGAGGUUCUUCAAGCAGUUCAUGAAUUAGGUCUUUCUCACAAGUACUUCCAAUACUUGGCCGUUGAGGGCGACCGAAUGAAAUACGACUUAGCCCGAGCGGCGAUUGAAGCUCGCCAAUGCCAGGAUCUGCUCUCUCAGGCUCAGUAUCAUGUAGCCAGAGCCCGAAAAAUCGACGAGGAGGAACGCACCCUCCGGAAGAAGCAGCAGGAAGAACGGGAAAAGUUUCAAGAGAAGCAGCUUACAGAGCAGAAACGUUUGGAGGAAGAGCGCAAGGCUAAACUUGAGGAGUUGGCCAAGGCCAGAAAUGAAUACAAGGAAAAGAUGAAAGGCGCUACCAUCAUCGAAGACAUGCCCGACCCCGUCAAGAGAUCUGGUGCACCCAAAAGACGCAGAGACGAUGCGGCGGAUAUCAUUUCGGAUUCGGAUGAUGAGGCUGGAGGAAACCGACCCACCAAGGAAGAACGACGCAAGCACAAACAAGAGAGGAAACGGGAGAAGAAGGAGCGAAGCGGAGAAAAACGCAAGAAAAGGUCCAAAGAAGGAGGAGGUGAUCAAGAGCGAGGUCGUUCUCGAAAGAAGAAGGAACCUACCUCCGGUGGGGAAGACGAUGGCGACAAAGGACUCAAAAAGAAGAAGAUUGUUUCAAAGGCCAUGGUGUCUAGCUCGUCGGAAGACUCCAAUUAACCUUGAAGUUCAUUGUCCCAUUGAAUAUAAAUGUGACCCCUCCCUCACGUACAAUAUUAUUAUUAUUAUGAUCA